AUGGCCUUCUCUUCUUGCCUUAGCCAAUCCCGGGUGCUUUUCAAGGUUAACUGUGUAGUAGGUUUGAGUUCUAGAGUUUGUCGUGGCAAUGGGACGAGUCCGAGUCCAAAUACUGGCCAUUUCACCCGACGAGCUGUGGAGAAAAUGGGAGCUAAGCUGAAACCUGGAUUGAGCUUUACAGGAACACCAUUAUCAAUCACAAAGGAAAAUCUUGGACUAGCUGUUGAUAGGAGCAAAAGCUAUCCUGUUUCUGCUUCAUGUUUGCCCAGCUCUCAACUUGCUGCAAGUGUUUUUACAAUUGGAACUAUAGCAGUUCUACCAUUUUACACCCUCAUGGUUGCAGCACCUAAGUCCGAACUUACAAAGAAAUUCAUAGGAAGUAGCAUACCUUACAUUUUGCUUGGUCUGGCUUAUGGAUACCUUCUGUAUCUCUCUUGGACGCCAGACACGAUAAAGCUGAUGUUUUCGAGUAAAUAUUGGCUGCCAGAGCUGUCUGCUAUCGCUAAAUUGUUCUCCAGUGAGAUGACUCUGGCUUCUGCAUGGGUUCAUUUAUUAGUCAUUGAUCUUUUCGCCGCAAGGCAGGUUUUUCAGGAGGGGUUGCAGGACAACAUCGAAACACGGCAUUCGGUGUCCCUCUGCUUACUUUUCUGCCCGAUAGGAGUUCUUGUUCAUUUUAUCACCAAAGCUCUAACCAAGAAUGUAAAGCAGCAGAUUCAUUAG